AAAUGCAUAUUAAUGGGCCCCUUUUACAUCUAUAUUGCUAUAUAUUGUGAACACUAUCUUUUUUUUUUCAUCACUCGUGUUCGCUCCUUACUCCUAUGUUUUACCUUUUAACUAUAAGAUUUGAGUCAUUCUGGCAUUUAUUUUUUUAUCUAUAUUAUUAAAAUAAGAAUUAAAAAAUCAAAAUAUUUUUUUUUAGUAUAUAUGUUAUUGAGUAUAUCUUUAAGUUUUACGAGUUCAAGUUCAAAUCGACUUAGGACAUUAAUUAUAUAUUGCCAUAAACUGAUUAUUGUAGGAAUACUGGUUCGAAUCAAAAUCUAAUUUUAUUAUAUAUAUCUCUUGUAACUUUAUGAAAAGAGAGCAAUUGAGUAUCUUAGAGAUUAGGUAUAUUGAAGGGUUGGAUUUGUGAAAAAAUUUUGUAUUUUGUAUUUUUUUUAAUAUAUAUAACGAAGUUUUUGCAUCGUCUCUAUACGUAGACACAGGUCAAUAGACCGAAUCACAUAAAUAUUAUGUGUUUUUUUCUUUUCUUAUUUUUCUUCUUUUUUUUCUUAUUUCGUUAUUCUUCCUGUCUGCAACAUAUAUAUUAUUUAUAUAAAUUUAAAAAUAAAAUAAUAUGUACAUUGCAUGCGUUGUGCGACUAAUAAAAGGCAACCUUCUAUAUGGAAGAGCUAUAUAUGACUGCCUAUUGAUCUGACUUAAUGAAAUGAUGUUGGAAAUGCCUCUUGACAUUUCUUUGAUUCUAAGGAAGUUUAUCUAGCUUCAUUGAUUUGGAAACAUGAGUGCACCAUGAAUUUAUUUCUGGUUUUCACUAAUAUUUUUGACAACUAAUCCCCAAGAAACCUCGAUGAGGCUGGUGAUAGACCCACAUGAAGCAGACCAUGAAUAAUAUUUGGUGGAUUGUUGUUAGCUGAUUUUGAGCUUGUAUGCAGGGUUAGCUGCUAGUAUGCAUGCCCCUUAGAUUUUUAUUGGUAAUGAAGAGGGUAUUGCUGUGUCAUUGUCUUCUAUGUUUCCAUGGCAUUCAAGGAGUUCUAUUAUUUAAAUUGCGAGCAAAAUGUCAACCGGGUUGUGCCCAUCAAUCCUAAUUAGAAGUUGUUGGAAAUUUAUCCAGUGUUAUUUUUCGAUAAAAGUUAUCCUGAGUUCAUUUUGUGCCCAUCAAUCCUGUCAAAUAUAUUUUUGGGGGCAUAUCCUUGGAAGUCGAGCUUUUAAACUAUCAUCUUACAAUCAAAACUAUUGGUUUUGAUUGUAAGAUAUAUGAAAUCAUAAUCGCAAUAAGCUAGAAAUAUGAGAUAUAUGAAAUCAUUAUAAAAUCCUAUGACCUACUAUAUUCAUCAUUCUCUAUUAUCUUUUUUUUAAUAAUAAAUCAAAUCAUGCUGGAACUGGGAGCUGGUUGGUUCCAGACCAUAUCAACUGACGAUGCAUCAAGUUUGAGGGCUAAAUUCAAACUCACCCAUUUAUAAUUAGGUUUAUUUGGAGUUGUCCUAGAAUCGACUCCACUUUAGAAAUACUUCACUCAAAACCAUUCGUUAUAGGUGGGUUUUGUGCAGGUUGAUGAGUGCGAGAUUUUGACACCGCUAAUGGGACGGACCCAGGGUAAAGGUUUUAUGUACAAGCAAGCUCCUUUGUCUGACCAUUUAGGGAUAAGGUUUUAGGUACAAACCCAUUUGACUAAUAGUCUCUCUUCUUAAUUUCCAUUUGCCUUGCCAAAAAUAAUAUUCAAUUCCAACUAGUGUUAGUGUGGUUAAAUAUAUAAUCAAUAGUGUAAUUAGAUAUAUAAGAGGUAGUCCACACAGUAUUUGACUUCCCGACAGUGAAUAUUACACAACCAAUGUUAUUCUUUUUAAAAGUGAGUGGAGAGGUAGGAAAGUCUUACUACGUCUUAAUAUGUAAUUACAUGGUAGGAUGUGUAAACUGGCUUUAGUUUAGGAAGGAAUCUUAGUCACUUGUGGGAACUCAUAAAAAUUUUUACAACAACCUAUGGAAUUUAACUGAUAGAAUGGACAAAGUGGUUUUCUAUGGAGAGAUUAUUGGUUGAACUAGAUCCACCAACUUAAACGUGUGCAAGAACUUAAAAAAAAAAAAAAACAACACAUGCAUGUGCCUUUAUGGUUGGACUGAUCCAUCGCUGAGCCAGCAGCAAUAGACUAGGUCCAAUCAAUAAUUUCACAUUCUAUGAGGCUCUUUAUGCCACGUCACUUGAAAAAUGGAGGACAAGAUGAGGCCAUGCAUUUUACUGGAUUCAUUGUUUACUAAAGAUCUUGUUUAUAUUUAUUUUUAAUUUUUUAUUAUUUUAAAUAGUUAUAAACAAUGAUACUAAAUACCCACUCCCUCUAUAUGUUACAUCAAUCUCUAGCUGCUAUACAGGACCUGCAGGUUUAGUAAAUGAAAUGGUAACUGAUAGCAAUCCUUGAAAAAUAGAGAGGAUAAAGAGACUAUCUGAAUACUUGAAAAAAUGAUACCAUGUAUCCCACAAGCAUGUGAAACAGACCGAUCCUCUGAUUUCUAGAUUCCAUCAAGCAUUGGUUUGUUACCGUGGUUGGGCCCUAUAACACUACACCCCUAAACCUAAUCCUAUUGUAGCAGAGAAAAGGAUCUACCUAAAAUUCUACAAACGCACCAUCGAAAAAGUAGAUGAAAGGGAGAAGAAAAAUGGGAAGUGAAACGAAAGCAUGAAGAAAAAGCCAACGCGGUUGACUUCCAAUCGACGACUGUGGAAUUGCAAAUUUUUAAUGCUACGAAAAAUACCACGAAGCCUCCUCCCCCCACCUUCUCCUUCGAUGGCACCUCCUUGCCCCCACUUCUUUCUUCCUUUUUCCAAGUCAGAAACCUUCCCACCUAACCCUAACCCCAAUUCCAAUUCCAAUUCCAAUUCCAGUCUUAUUCUUCAUCUUCUUGUAUUUUUCGAUCGAUAGGAUAGGAAUUGGAUUCCGGCCAUGGAGGCAGCUCUACAGGCCCUGAUCGCCGCCGCCGUCGCCUUCUUUCUCGUCUCCCUCCUGCUCUCCCUCAUCCUCCUCCUCUGCCCCCGCAACCCGAAAGCCUGCCUCCUUGCCUUGGCUCCGCUUGCGCCGCCCCUCCCUCUUCGCCGGCCCCCGUCCGCCCCCGUCGCCGUCGACGACAGCGCAUCCUUCGAUCCCUCCCUCAACCAAAUUUCACUCAACGAGCUCGCCGCCGCCACGAAGGGCUUCGCCGCCGACGCCAUCAUCGGCGACGGCAGCUUCGGGUUCGUCUACAAGGCCCACCUCUCCUCCGGCGUCACCGUCGCCGUCAAGCGGCUCUCAGCCGACGCCUUCCAUGGCAUCCGCGAGUUCCGCGCCGAGAUGGAUACCCUCGGCCGCCUCGAGCACCCCCACCUCGCCCGCAUGCUCGGCUACUGCGUCUCCGGCGCCGACCGCCUCCUCAUCUACGAGUUCCUCGAGCGCGGCUCCCUCGACCACUGGCUCCAUGAGUUCGACCCGGGCGACUCGGUCUCCUUCCCGCUCCCGUGGUCGAUCCGGGUCCGGAUCGUCCGCGGGGUCGCCGCCGGCCUCGCCUUCCUUCACGAGGAGUGCCGGCCGCAGAUCAUCCACCGGGACAUCAAGUCGAGCAACGUGCUGCUCGACGCCGACUUCGACGCGCGGAUCGCCGACUUCGGGCUGGCGCGGGCGGUGGACCCGUCGCGGACGCACGUGUCGACGCAGGUGGCGGGAACGAUGGGGUAUAUGCCGCCGGAGUACCGGGAGGGGCUGACGGCGGCGACGGCGGCGGCGGACGUGUACAGCUUCGGGGUGCUGAUGGUGGAGACGGCGACGGGGGAGCGGCCGAACUUGCUCCGGCGUGGGGAGGACGGGAAGCGCGUGAGUCUGGUGCGGUGGGCGAGGAGGAUGGUGGAGGAGGGGAAGGAGAUGCAGGUGUUGGAUGCGAAGAUGGGGGAGGAAGGGAUCCGAGAGGAGGAGGUCAAGGGGUAUUUGGAGGUCGCUUACCGCUGUACUGAUGGAACCCCAAGCAAGAGGCCCACCAUGGCCGAGGUGGUAUCCCUUUUGGAUCAAAUUUAAUUUAAUUGUUACUAUAUAUAUAUAUAUAUUAAGGGUAACUAGAGCUACUGCAAAUUAAUUGGAGGAAAAAAGAGAUGAAAUUUGUUAUUCUUUACAGUUGUUAUGUGUGUAUGUAUGUAUGUAUAUAUAUAUAUUACAUAUGGAUAUAUUACAUAUGGAUAUAUAAUGAAGCAAGGCUGAAAAAUUGGGAUGAUUUCAAGCAUCCAUUGGAGUUUA